AUGUUGCAGAAAGGUAGGUCAGAUUGCGUCUAUUAUUUUGUUUUACUUGAUAACGACGUUUUGAUUUUAUACAUUUUCAGGUAGUGUAAUAUGCCGUCGUUUUAUAUCUUCGUCCUUUGUCGUCCAGGCUCAUUACGAUCCAGACAAACGACCAGAUGCAAGCUUGACCCAUAUCGAUGAGAAAUUUGAGAAUAUUCCCAAAGAGAAUCGAAAUAAGUCAACUUUUUUGGCAGCUAUUGGUAGGGUCAUCUUUUUUGCCUACUUUCUGUGUUUAGAUAUGUUUAAAAAACAAUCAAGAGGAGAAAGAGGGCAUGUAGAAUUUAUAACAUCAGCACUGAAGCACAUGAAAGAUUACAAUUUGCAUAAAGACCUUGAGGUAUACAAAGCUUUGCUCAAUGUGUUUCCUCCUGGAAAAUUUCAAUCGAAAAAAAACUGGCAUGUAAGUUUCUGAUCCUGUUUUUAAAUGAUUACGUCAUGUUCUGUCUUUAGAGAGCUUUUAUGCACUUUCCACAUCAACAAGAAUGCGCAGUGAAUGUUUUGGAUGAGAUGGAGUAUUACCAUGUGUAUCCGGACAAAGAAGUGGACGACAUUAUUACUAGGAAUUUUGGAGAAUGGUCUACCACAUCAAAGAAAGUGCGAAGAAUGUUGUAUUGGCUUCCAAAAUUGCGAUAUACAAACAAAUAUUUGGACGUGAGGAAGGUGGAGAAUAAAGAUCUAGGCUUCCUGGAAUUAGCCAAAUUGGCCUUGGAAAUGAUGUGCCGAGAUCCGGGGACCAAAAUAUCGGUGUCUAAAGUGAGUGUCUGACUUAUACAUUUAUUUUAAUUAUUUUUUCGGUGUUUUUUAUCAAGUAUUACAUAGUGCAAUUUGUGAUGUUUGUAGAUGACAGAUGGAACUCUCAUCGCGUCAGGGCAGUCCCCUCUUCAGCAGCGAUUAAUAGAAGAGCUCCCGAAAGAGUCCACAUGUUAUUAUGUGGACGGUCCAUUCCAUCAUUAUGUCCGAGAUAAUUAUUGUGAAUACGUGGUCUUAUCAACGGAUCCGAUUGGAACUGCUGAACGAUUGAAUGACACCUUCAGAGAACACAAGGACAUUGAGGACAUCGACAAUACAACGUUGUAUAAGGGAGUCCUCGAUGAAUUUUACGAAGAGCCAGAUGAGCCGACCAUCCAUGAACAGACUGAUCAGACCAUAUUGGCCUUGGGAAUGAUGGACAUCAUCGAUCAGAACACUGCAUCUGCUUGGGUUAACCAUCUUCAAGAGACGAAUCCGGCAUUAAAAGAGUCAACGGUUAUUUUGAGGAUAAAAGAAAAUGAAAUUGGAAGGAAUGAAGGGGAACAAAAAAUAAAUUUCCAUGGAGAAUAUCAAGGAGAAGGUCAAGAAAGUGGGCAGACUCAAGAAAAAACAUGA